AUCUAGCCAACACAACAGCAGAAAACGUCAAAGUCGUCCAAAAUGGCUGAGACAGAAACUGAUAAUAACAGUAUUAUUAGACCUGAGAGAAAUAACAAAGUUACAACGGCUACCAAUGGGCCCCGUCGCGUUACCAUCUAUAAAACUGACACUGGGUUCGGUUUCAAUGUGCGCGGUCAAGUGUCCGAGGGUGGGCAGUUGAGGUCAAUCAAUGGGGAGCUAUAUGCCCCUUUGCAGCACGUAAGCGCUGUUUUGGAGCAAGGAGCGGCUGAACAAGCUGGUAUCCGGAAGGGGGACAGGAUCCUAGAAGUAAACGGUGUGAACGUCGAGGGCGCGACCCACAAGCAAGUGGUUGACCUGAUCAAAUCAGGAGGUGACUGUCUCACUCUUACAGUCAUCUCUGUCACACCAAAGGAGGCCGAACGCCUAGAGCCAUGCGACGACGGCUCAGCGCCGGUCGGCGUGAUCGGCGGCGCCGCCAACUCCCGCGCAACCGUCUACCAACGCUACGACUACACCGACAAACGCUCGCUACCUGUCUCCAUACCCGACUACAGGGUGGUGAUGGAGCGUAACAGUGGUCGAUCGUACGUCGCGUUCAACGUGCACAUGGCGGGGAGGCAUCUCUGUAGCCGCCGAUACAGGGAGUUCGCUGUUUUGCACCAGCUGUUACGGAAAGAGUUUCUAGGGUUCAAUUUUCCGAAGCUGCCGGGCAAGUGGCCGUUCACACUGAGCGAGCAACAGCUAGACGGGAGACGGAGAGGGCUCGAACAGUAUCUUGAGAAAGUGUGCGCAGUACGAGUUAUAGCCGAAUCGGAUGCAGUACAGGAGUUCCUUACGGACUCGGACGAUUCAUCUAAUCCAUCACCAGUCGACCUAAAGGUGCUCCUUCCGGACAAGGAAGUGGUAACCGUCUCUGUUCUGAAAUCCACCAACGCCGAUGACGUAUACCGCGCUGUUUGCGAAAAGAUCGGACUAUCCAAGUCUGUACAGAAAUACUUCUACCUGUUUGAGAUCGUCGAGUACAAUUUUGAGCGCAAACUCCAACCGAAUGAAUGUCCACACUCCCUCUACAUACAAAACUAUUCUACCGCAUCAUCAUCCUGCCUCGCCGUGCGGCGCUGGGUGUGGAACCCGCGGCGCGAGGCUGCCGUGUGCGCCGACUCGGCCGCGAGAGCAUUCGUGUUUUGGCAGGCCGUAGAAGAUGUGAACCGCGGCGUGUGCGUCGCAGGCGCACGUCUCUACCAACUAAAGGCGCUGCAAGACGUGCGGCGCGCCGCCGACUAUCUCGCUCUCGCUCGCACGCUGCCCGGCUACGGAGACAUCGCCUUCCCCCCUCUGCGGACCGACGCCUGUCUCACUCCCACACUCAACGUCACCAUCGGCUGGAACGGUCUGAAGUUGACCGCGUGCGCGGAGGGGGGCGCGCAGAGCGCCGAGGUGCCGUGGCGCUCCGUGCGCGAGUGGCGCGCCGACGACGACGCGGCCGCCGCGCGCAUCACAUACUCCACGCGCGACCACACCAGGACCAUCGCUCUCUUCACGCCAUACUACCAGUUCCUGUGUAAUUGCUUGGACAGAAUAGCCGAGGAGAUGAGCUGGGUCGACACAGGCGACUAAGGAACCCUCGGCGCGCGAGCAUAGCUAGUAAGACCGUAUUACGCCAUCAAAACUCCCAAAUUGGUAGAAAACUACUGACAACUUUAUCAACACAACUGGAAACUAAGGAACUCUCGGUGCGCGAGCUUAGCUAGUAACACCGUAUUACGCCAUCAAAACUCCCAAAUUGGUAGAAAACUACUGGCAACAUUAUCAACACAACUGGAGACUAAGGAACUCUCAGCGCGCGAGCUUAGCUAGUAAGACCGUAUUACGCCAUCAAAACUCCCAAAUAGACGGAAAU